AUGCCGACGAGCAACUCGCCAACGGUGGCCACAGCAGUCACAGCGGCGACUGCUCGACAUUCGUCUGCCAUGGACGCUUCUGACGGCGGCCUAUCCGUCGACGCCGGCUCACCCCAGCGCUCCGUGGGCCUCGGCCGUGACGGCAUCCUGUCGGCACCAUCGUCAGACGGCUCGGACGUGAACUCGCCCAGCCUUGCUGGCACAAUCGGAGCGGCACCACCGUCGGCCAGCAGCCAGGCCGGUCUGGUCACGGAUGCCAAUCCGCUGAAGCGCCGCAAUGCCGAUGCGAGCGCAGACUAUCCGCGGCGGCGAGCCAUGAUUGCCUGCGAAGUUUGCCGCUCGCGCAAGUCUCGCUGCGACGGCACCAAACCCAAGUGCAAGCUGUGCACCGAGCUGGGUGCGACAUGUAUCUACCGCGAGCCCGGCAUCAAGCUGGAUGCCGGCGACAAGAUGAUCCUCGAGCGGCUCGGCCACAUUGAGAAUCUACUGCAGAUGAACCUGGCAGAUGCAAUAAGCUCGUCUUCCACGCAGCAGCAGCAGCAGUCACCCCGACGGGAAUCUUCUGCCCUCAGCACAUUAUGGCCGUCCAUAGCAGCAGAAACGAGUCCGUUCGUCUCGGUAGUCCCAGCCAGCACAAUCGGGACGUGGAGCAGCACGACCAACAUAUCGACGAUGCCCAAGGUGCACACCAACGCGGCCAUGCAUCUGCUGCAGUGGCCGCUGAUCUGCGACUUGGUGACGCAGCCAUAUGACCCGCAGAUCCUGCUGCGGCUGGAGAUGGCCCGCGAGUCGCUUCCAUCAUUGGCCCAGACGCCACGGAUCGACCUGUCCAACAUGGCCGCCUACAUCACGGCCUACUUUGAGCGCGUCAACGUAUGGUAUGCCUGCGUGAAUCCGUACACGUGGCACAACCUCUACGGCACGGCCCUGGCGAACGGACUUCGCGAGGGCCCCGAGAGCUGCAUCGUGCUGCUCGUCUUGGCCCUGGGUCAGGCCGGCCUAGGCGGCAGCAUCUCGCGCCUUGUGCCGCGCUGCGACCCACCCGGACUGUCCUACUUCACCGCGGCCUGGGCACUGCUGCCGGCCAUGAUGACGUCCAACAGCGUGCUGGCCGCACAGUGCCACCUGCUGGCGGCCGUCUACUUGUUCUACCUGGUGCGGCCGCUGGAGGCGUGGAACCUGCUGUGCACCACCAGCACGAAGCUGCAGCUGCUGCUGAUGGUCCCGGACCGCGUGCCGUCAGGCCAGCGCGAGCUGACCGAGCGGAUCUACUGGAACGCCCUGCUGUUUGAGAGCGACCUGCUGGCUGAGCUGGACCUGCCGCACUCGGGCAUCGUGCAGCUGGAAGAGAACGUCGGCCUUCCGUGCGGGUUCGAGGGUCGAGACCCUACAGACAGCCAGCAAGCGACGACCCUCGACAGCACGGCUGCCGGACGCGACGACCUGUGGUAUUUUCUGGCCGAGAUCGCGCUCCGGCGUCUGCUCAAUCGGGUCAGCCAGUUGCUAUAUGCACGGGACGCAGCGGCGUCGCCGGCCAGCCUGGGCCCGAUCGUGGCCGAGCUAGACUACCAGCUGACGCAGUGGUACGACAACCUGCCAGCACCGCUGCAGUUCUCGUUUGCGAGCGUGCCGCUGGCCGACCGGGUGCAGACGGUGCUGCGCCAGCGCUUUUUCGCCUGUCGCACCAUCAUCUACCGGCCGUACAUCCUGGCGGUGCUGGACCGCGAGCAGGGCCGCGAGCAGGCCGUGAUGUUGGAGCCGGCCGUGCGUGCGGCCUGUCACCACUGUCUCGAAUCGGCCGUGCGCCAGCUCGAGAACGUGACGGCCAACCAGGAUGGCCACAUGCCGUAUCUCUGGCAGGCCGCGCUCUCCUUCACGUCGCAGGCCCUGUUGGUCAUGGGCGCGUCCAUGUCGCCGUCGCUGGCCGACAUCCUGCUGUCCAUUGUGCCGAGCCGCGCGAUGCUCGAUCAGCUCAUGGCCAAUGUCGUCGCCGAGACGGCCCGCUACGCCAUCCUGGCGCCCAGCCUCAGCCUGGCCGCCGACAUUGUGCGCCAGGCAGAGGCCCGGCGACGAGAAUACCUAGGUGGUUGA